AUGAAGACUGCAGCUAGUGUCGGCUUACUGGGCAGUGCCUUUGCCUUCGCAGAAAAGGUCCAACAGAUACCACAGAAGCCUAUUCUUCUCUCUGACUCAUGUCCGUCAAAUUCUAUACUCUACAAUGGCGAGUGCCAACCUGCAAUUCUUGGGGCACAAUCGACCACAGAGAACAUACAGCUGAACACCACUAUCACACUUGAAGAAGCACGUGCAUCUGCACAAGCACACGAAAAUUUCCCUUGGACAUUUCUACCAGAGUGCUACUCGAAUGAGAAUCAGCCCGAUCCUGUAUGCGUCUUCUCCGACCAGAAUUUUGCCGGUGGCCGCGGCAUAUUCCUCAUCACGACUACACCGCUUGCCUACCAAAUGCUCAAGAAGCCCGCUUUUUCACAACCUGAAGCUCUCUCUCGAAUAAAUCAGCAUGCCAACCCUCCUUUCGAAGAACACGACUUUCCGAGCAAAGGCCGUGGUCUCAUUGCGAACAAGACCCUCAAUCGUGGCGAUCAGAUCUUCGCCUCGACACCGCUCCUAAUCACAAACCCCGCCUCUUAUAACCUCGUUGAGUCAGAGCGCCUGCGUCUAGGGCAUCGUGGUGUGGACACUCUUCCGCCUGCCACCAAAGACCUUUUCUGGAAGCUGCUCGACCAUUUCAAGGGCGACCCCGUCGAGGACCGCAUCAAUACCAACGCCUUCGACAUUAGCGUUGACAACGUGCAACAGUACGCUGUCAUGCCUGAGAUUGCCAUGAUGAACCACGACUGCCGACCAAACGCAGCCUACUUCUGGGACGAGGACACACUCAGCCACUACGUGCACGCGACACAAACCAUAUACCCCGGCGAGGAAAUCACAAUCACGUACAUCAACAACGAGAGGAAGAGGGCUGAUCGCAUGAAGCAUCUGAAGACAAAUUGGGGCUUCGACUGCACCUGCUCGAGCUGCGCGGCGCAUCCCGUUUUCGCGGCUGAGAGUGAUGCGCGCAUCCAGGCGAUCGAGGAUAUCUCCGAGGCGCUCAACGACUGGACGGAUUCGUCCAAGGCGACACCCGAGAUGGCGGAGUUGCUUCUCUCGCUGUACCAGCAAGAGCGUUUGGAAGCUAGCAUGGGGGUGGCGUACAAGCAUGCCAGUGAGGUAUACAGCAGCUUUGGCGACCGAUAUAACGCAAUCAAGUAUGCUCAGUUGGCGCUGGAGUUGUUGCAUCUGGAUCGCGGGUUUUUCGAUGUUGAUAUUAAGUUCAUGCUGGCAAUGGCGAAGGAUCCAGAGCAGAGCUGGAGCUGGAAGAAGAGGGUGGGUCACAAGAGGUUGGAGGGCGAGUCAUGUGGACAUGCGCACUGA